AAAAUUUGAUUCCUUGUGAACUUUUCUUCUCAAACCAAAGUGAGCUGCAGAGAGACCGAGAGACGCACAGUGCAGAAGCAAAACCCUAGCCUUGCCUGAGUAGCCUCUGCUUCCACCCCUCACUGCCUCAGCCUCGCGACGAGCCGACGAUACUAUCUAUCUCCGCCAAACACUACGAACCCUGAUUACACGGAUACUUUAAGGCGAAUUGGAGCCCCAAAAAGAUUUUCCUUUUGGGGUGAUAUGGAGCAGAAUUUUCAGCGGCAUGAUGAUGAAUUGAAGGAGGAAGAGUAUGUAUUGAUGGAUCUGGACAGUGUUUCUGAUCAAAUUUCAAUUCCCCCAAACGCCCCCUAUGUUCUUUCGGGACUUGAUACGUUGAACCCCAUUUUGACCAUUGAUGGAAAAAUCAAGCUGAUAGGGGAAUAUGUGGAGACUAUUGGAACAUGCCUUGUCUUUGGUGAAACUGAUGCCCCUCCAGUGGUUCAUGAAGAGACAGGUCCAUCUGAUGCUAACCUUUUCUCGGGAAAAUGCAUAGCAGAUCCUAAGCAAGCAUCAGCCAAGCGAGUAAAUCCAAUAACCCAGCUCCAAAAGAUUAUCAAAUUCAAACUAUUGCGGGAAGGUGAAAAUGAUGAUGAAAACGUCAAAGCAAAUGAUGAUGAAAAUGUCAAAGCAACAGGCACGUAGCUGUAAAAUUUAUCUAUUUGACAGCAAUAACCUGUGCUGUUAGUAUUUAGUUGACAGUUGCACCAUUCACAAGCUUGUACGGAGUAUAAAGUAAUCAAUAGAGUGAUAGUUUAGUACUUAAAGUACUCAAAUGAUUUCUGCCGUUUAAGUACUAAACUAUCGCUAUUAUUGGUCAUGUACAAGUACUUAAACGGCAGAAAUCAUGUGUACACCGACACGCAAAGUUUAUUCACAUGAACAAUUGUAGUACACCAUGCUUAAUGAAAAUUGAGCUCAUAAUACUAGGCCAAUUAUUCUCA